AUGGUUUUGUCUGUAUCAGUGAGGUCAGCUCCCAAGAAGGGCUCAAUGAAGGCCGUCAGUAAGAGCGCAGAUAAAGGAGGAGAGAAGCGCAAGAGAUCCAGGAAGGAGAGCUACACGAUCUACGUGUAUAAAGAGCUGAAGCAGCUUCAUCCUGACACCGGAAUCUCCUCCGAGGCGAUGUUCAUCAAGAACUCUUUCAUCAACGACAUCUUCGAGCGCAUCUCCGGUGAGUCUCGUCUCGUCUCGUCUCGUCUCGUGUCUCUCCAGCAUCACACCGAGAGAGAUCCAGACCGCCGUGCGUCUGCUGCUGCCGGAGAACCGGACAAACACGCCGUGUCUGAGGAACAAAGACCGGGACCAAAUACACCAACAUCAUCAACGAACCCGAAGACUCUUUAA